AUGUCGUCGACUAAUAUCUUGCCUAUGAUAGAUCCAAAUUUAGGCAAAAGUAAUAUCAAGCCAAGUCCUCCGACAACACCACCCCAUAAAAAUACAAUCAAUCGAAGUACACGAAACAUAAGGCCAAUUAACGGUCAUAACAAGCAAAAGAAACAAAAACAUCCAGUAGUACAGGAAACCUACGACAAAAAGAUCGAUGUUGCCAGAUAUCGCAACGAUUACAUGCACAAUUUAUGCAUGGAUAUUUUAAAAGAAGGUUACCACAGAGCAUUCGCUGAGAUAUUCGAGUUAAUUAACCGACAAAAGGAAGAGCGAGAAGCUCUCGGCGACGACAUUAUUGCUACAUUGACACCUUUGCUUAAGGAUGAACACGAGAAAUUAAGCUAUUUAAGCGAAAAAUUAUGCCGCGCUGAGGAUGCAGAAAGAAAUGAUGAUCAAGGCUUACUUUAUCGAGAAUUAAAAAACUUAGCUGUCUACUUUGAAAAUCAUAACGAUAGCUGGCUUUCCGAUCACUUUUAUUUUCGAUGCCUUGAGAUAGCACAAACUAUAGAACAUGAUGAUGGAAAAACUCAGAGUGAAGCAAAUUGUAAUCUCGGAGUUUCACUUGUUGAUAGAGGCGAAAAUAAUGAAGCACUACCCUACUUGGAAGAGUUUUAUAAUUUGACUAAAAACCGUGACUGGAUAAAUGACGAUGGCCAACAAUUGUUUCCUUUAGCUUGCGAGCAUUUAUGCCGUGUUUAUACAGCAAUUGCUGCUAAGACGUCAAGGGAAAAUUCUGAAGUUAGUAUUAAAUUUUUACUACAAGCAUACGAUGUAGCUAAAGAAGGUGGUAGUAAACAUGCUGAAGGAAUAACAAGCUACAGGCUUGGACGGGCAUUUAGCGAAAAUGGAGAUCCACAAAUGGCUCUGACGUAUCACAACUCAUAUCUAGAAAUAUGCCAACAAGAAGGAGAUGAUAUUGGCGCAGCUCGUGCAUAUGAAGCUAUGGCAAGCUGUUACGAAAGUCAAGACGACAUAGAGAAUACUUUUAAAAACUUGGAAAAGUUUGCUACAGUAGCAGAAAAAUGUAAUCAGCAGAAAGAAUUCGGAAAAGCUUGUACCAAACUGGGAGGAAUUUUUAACUCAAUGGGCAAUUAUUCUAAAGCAGUGGAAUACUUUGGUAAAGCUUUUAAAGUUGCUCAGGAAAUGACAGAUACAGAAGUACUUGACGAAGCUAGGGUGCAGUACGGUAUCGCAAGGGCUCAUAAAAUGACUAAAGAUUAUAUGAAAUUCAUUAACAUAAAUAACCGUGAGUCAUUACGAGAAUUAUUAAGUUGGAAAUCAACACGUCAAGCAGCUUUUUCUAAUGAUGAAGCGGACUCAGAUCCUAAUAAUCCAUCCAAUACCUAA